AACGGUUGCCUUGGCAGCACCUGACGUCAUUGGUCCCGGUCGGUCCCUGCUUCUGUUUCUUUGAUUGGAGGGAAACCCCGUGGAUGCGAGCAGUAUACGCUUCAGGAAGGGCCAUCAGCUGUGUUGCGGAUCGGGAUCAAAAACAAACUAUUAACUCAGAACUGCAUAAAGGCGGACGGCAGCCAUGACGGACAAGGAGGAACAGGUGCAGAAGGCCAAGCUUGCGGAGCAGGCGGAGCGCUACGACGACAUGGCGGCGGCCAUGAAGGCGGUGACGGAGGAGGGCUCGGAGCUCAGCAACGAGGAGCGCAACCUGCUCUCCGUGGCCUACAAGAACGUGGUGGGGGCGCGGCGCUCGUCCUGGCGGGUGGUGUCCAGCAUGGAGCAGAAGUCCGAGGGCAGCGACAAGGCGGCGCUCGCCAAGGAGUACCGCGAGAAGAUCGAGAAGGAGCUGACGGAGAUCUGCAAGGACGUCCUGGGCCUGCUGGACAACCACCUGAUCCCCAAAGCCACGCCGGCGGACAGCAAGGUGUUCUACCUGAAGAUGAAGGGGGACUACUACCGCUACCUGGCCGAGGUGGCCACCGGGGAGGAGAAGGAUGUCAUCAUCAAGAGCUCCCAGGAGGCCUACCAGGAGGCGUCUGACAUCAGCGCCAGCGACAUGCAGCCCACUCACCCCAUUCGCCUGGGCCUGGCCCUCAACUUCUCCGUCUUCUACUACGAGAUCCUCAACUCACCCGAGAAGGCCUGCAAGCUGGCCAAGACGGCCUUUGACGACGCCAUCGCCAUGCUGGACUCCCUGAACAGCGACUCGUACAAAGACAGCACCCUCAUCAUGCAGCUGCUCCGCGACAAUCUGACACUGUGGACGUCAGACACCCAGGGAGAGGGAGACGAGGCAGAGCCAGAGCCAGAGGAGCCAGCCGAGCCCGCAGAGCCCGCAGAGCCAGCAGAGACCAACUAGUCUCCAAAUCUGUCUUUAAAACGGAAAAAAAAAAAAGAACCCACAUUUUUUACCUCUCACCAGCCUAAUUUGUGUGUGUGUCGGUUUGUAUGUAAUGUGUGUGUUUGUGUGCGAUCAUACAUGCACAGCUAAGUAUGUAUGCUGGCACUUCACUCACUGUGUGUGUGUGUGUGUGUGUGUGUGUGUGUGUGUGUGUGUGUGGGGGGUGCAUGGAGUGUGUGUAUGUAUGCUCUUCUAAGGGCCACAGUGGAUAUGACUUUCUGAUCUGUCUGAUAUUCUUUUAUUUUUCUUUGGCGCAUUACUCAUCAUAUGUAAAAGAAGAAAACAGUUUUACCUGCCUACCCUGUUUGUUGAAGAAGAAGAAGACUCAAAACUUCUCUCCUUGUGCAAACUAGCCUAUUGUUGCUGCAGAAGGAAAAAACCUAAACAGUGUUUUCUUUUUUUUAUCUGACACAAAGGCUCAUGGGAUUGUUUUAGUGUGUUGGCCGUUUGCCAAAACGUUAGAAUCAGUUGACGAUUACAGAACUGCAUCCAUUCAAGGGAUGCAUCGUUUCACAUUCUCCUUAGUUUUUCUAUGAUUUGUGACCUGUGCAGAAUAUUCAUUUUCAUACUACAAUGAGGUACAGGCAAAAUUUAUAGCGCAUUAUCCUGACAUUAAACUGUAACUUUGAUUUGUCUCAGCUGUGUGAAGAACACCUUUUGCCAUAUGCAUUUAAGUGGUUACCUUCUUUCUUUUUUAUGUGUUCAGGUGUUUAUAAUUUUUUAUAUUGUAUUCCUGCCGUCUCUUUUUAAGAUACUUGUGAUGUGUGUGUGUGGUUCUCAAUAGUAAUUUGGGUGCAGGCAAAGGGCCGCUUCGGGAUUGGUAAUUUAUGUUUCUGAAUAUUAACCCCCACAGGUGAUACAUGGGGAUUUUCACCUUUCUAGUACACGAAAAGAAAGCAAAUAAGUUAAAUUAAAUGAUAAAACUCAAUUGAUUAGAAAGUGGCAUUUUGGAGAACGAUGCACUACGCUUUGGAUGAAAGUGGUAAAAAAUAUUUCAGCAACCAUACAUAUAACUUUGUUCAAAUUAUAACGCAUCUACAAUUGUUCAAACUGACGACUUGUGUAUCUGUUAUUUAGGUUACAUGCGUUCAUGUUAGUGUGAUUAAACAUACUCAAAAAUA